CUGGUGGUCCAAGGGGGAAAAAUACCACCGCUUCACGGUCCUCUUGGGGUGAUCAGGAAUUUUUUGAUGUGAUGAACUACACGAAAUGGCGCAUUCUGACGACACCGCCGGGCCAGUUUGGUGAUAAAAAUAUCACCGCAGCUGGCCUAUCUUUUAAGGCUACCUUGCUAUCCUUUAAGGCAGGAGCAAGUACUAGUGGGUGUGGGUUUAUACUUAUUUUUAUAUUAUAUAUCAAUGAAGUUGAAUAUAUUUUUAUAUUUUCAAAAAAUUCAAUGGAACGGGCCAUUGGAAUUGAUAUUGAAGACUUUCGAGUAGUCACUACUUCAACAAGGUGAAGUAGAAUUGAACGGGAUGAAACUAAUUCGCCUUCUCCUCUUCAUCUAAUGUCCCCCUUGCCGAAGUCCUCGCUGCUUACACAACCAGCCAAGCUGGCAAGCUGACGUCCUCUUCCACCGAGUCCGAGCUUGGCAUUAUGCGUGCCGCCAUCCGAGAUCAGAUCCGAAUUCUCAAACCAGAAACGACGAAAACUGACAUCUUUAAGGCAACCAAGACGAGGAGAGCAUCCUCGGCAGCAUCCAUGAAUCAAGAAGAAUGCAAGCAUGAAGGUGCUGGAGCAUAGCUCAUAGAAGGGCUUGAACAUCGUUAGCCCUAUAUACAGCUCUCAAGGAAGAUCGUUCUAAUAUGUGGGAGGAAUCUAGACGACAUUUGCGCUUGAACUACAGACUGGCGACACCGUUGCAGUGGCUCUUCUUUCCGGAGGAGCACGAACACGAAUCAGAUGACGUUUUUUCGUACUAUAAACAUGAUUAUGUUGGCAGGAUCGAAUUCGUUGAGUAGAGCAAGAAUUACUUAUUAUACUAGCUCCUUGGAGCGUCUGAUAACAUCCCUCCCACUAGGAUCCUCCUCCUCCCCAAAGUAAGAAACUAAGCACGGCAAAGAUGUGAGUGGUGUGCGCUUUUUCAAAUUUCGAAAAUUUUCCACGUUUUGGCUUCGUUUGAGGAUUGAAUCUCGUGCGUUUGAAGUGCUAAGACCCCAAAACUUUUGACUUUAGGCCUUUUCUCUGAGAUUCAACCACUUGGCUUUGCAUUUUUCAAAUUUCGAAAAUUUUCCGCAUUUUGUCGCCGUUUUGGGAUUGGGUUCGGUGCGUUUGAAGUGCUAAAGUCCCAAAGUUUUUGACUUUAAGCCCUCUCCCUGAGGUUCAAUCUCUUGGCUUCGCGUUUUUCAAAUUUCGAAAAUUUUCCCCGUUUUUUCGUCGUUUUGCGACUGAAGCUCGUGGGUUUGAAGUACUAAGGUCCCAAAAUUUUUGAUUUUAAGCCCUUUCCCUGGCUUUCAAUUGCUUGGCUUCGCGUUUUUCAAAUUUCGAAAACUUUCAGCGUUUUUUUGCGUAGUUUUGGGAUUGAGUUCCGCGAUUGUGAACUGCUAAGACCCCAAAACUUUUGACUUUAAGCCCCUUCCCUCAGAUUCAUUCUCUUGCGUUCCCGUUUUUCAAAUUUCGAAAAUUAGUUUUUUGCUUUUUUUCGUCGUUUUGGGAUUGAAUUCUGCGAGUAUGGAGGGGCAAUAUCCCACAAUUUUUGAUUUUAAGCGCUUUCCUUGGAAUUUAAAUUCAGAAACUCAGAAAUUCGCAAAUUCAUAGAUUCGUAGAUUCAUAAGUUCAGAAAUUCCUAAAUUCAGAAACUCAGAAAUUCAGAAACUCAUAAAUUCGUAAAUUCGUAAAUUCAUAAAUUCAUAAAUUCGUAAAUUCGUAAAUUCAUAAAUUCAUAAACUCAUAUGUUCCCUAAUGGAUAAAUUCAUAAAUUCCUAAGUUCCUAUGUUCCUAUGUUCCUAUGUUCCUAAGUUCCUAAGUUCGGUUCAUAAGUUCAUGGGUUUGGGGUUUGGAAGUGGGAGAGUGAGAGUUUGGCGGGGUUGUUGUAGAAUUUUUUUUUAGCUCUUUAAUAUUGAUAGCACAGGAAGAUAUUAGCAUAAGCAUGUGGUCUCAUCAUGAACAUGAAUUACUUAUAUGACUGUGUUCCGGGCGAUCUUCAUUAUUAUUUCAUUUUUAUCGUUAAUAUACCGCUUGACGAUAUCCACCUUCGUCUUUGUCCAUUCGUCAUGCUCACGGUACUGCUUAUGUCAUUCCUCUCUAGUAGUACUCGCUUCACAUCACCUUCGAAGACUGACACAUCAAGGGUAAUCUUCUAACCCAAAUGCGUCUUGACCCACGGCGUUAUCGAACAGUUGCAUGCCCAGAGGGAGCAAGAAGCUAUUUUACUGCAGAAGUG